CUGUCGGGAAUCUCGGUGUUCUAGGUCAGAUCAGACAUUCCGUCACGAUGCCUGAAAUAAAUACCAACCAUCUUGAUGAACAACAGGUUCAACUUCUAGCAGAGAUGUGUAUUCUUAUCGAUGAGAAUGACAAUAAAAUUGGGGCUGACACCAAGAAAAAUUGUCACCUGAAUGAAAACAUUGACAAAGGAUUAUUACAUCGAGCUUUUAGUGUCUUCUUAUUUAAUACUGAGAAUAAGCUCCUGUUACAGCAGAGAUCAGAUGCUAAAAUUACCUUUCCAGAUUGUUUCACCAAUAGUUGCUGUAGUCACCCAUUAAGUAAUCCAGGGGAGCUUGAAGAAAACGAUGCCAUCGGGGUUAAACGAGCAGCACAGAGGCGCUUAAAGGCUGAGUUGGGAAUACCCUUAGAAGAGGUUGACCCUAAUGAAAUGAAUUAUCUAACACGAAUUUACUACAAGGCCCAAUCUGAUGGUGUCUGGGGUGAACAUGAAAUUGAUUAUAUUUUGUUUCUGAGGAAGGAUGUAACCUUGAAUCCAGAUCCCAAUGAGAUUAAAAGCUAUUGUUAUGUCUCAAAGGAAGAGCUCAAAGAAAUUUUGAAGAAAGCAGCCAGUGGUGAAAUUAAGUUAACUCCAUGGUUUAAAAUUAUUGCAGACACUUUUCUCUUUAAAUGGUGGGAUAACUUAAACCAUUUGAGUCAAUUUGUUGACCAUGAGAAAAUACAUAGAAUGUGAAUGUGUAAUGAACUGAAAAUUUUUCUACCUACUAAGAUUGGUUUUGUUUUGGUUUGAAUUUAAUUAGCCUCCCUUGUAUGAUACAUAGGAAUUUUACAACCACAAU